CCGAGCCUCCGCUGCCUCCUCCUCCUCCGCCACCUCCGCCGACUCAGAACACACCGACAUCCAUUUCUGCCAAGAAUCCCCACCACCAACACCACCACAACAGCCAAUACCAAGCUCCUCCCAAGCCUCCAUCAUCGAUCCCACUCCACCACAGCCACCACCACCAGUACCAUCAGCAGCACCACCCCUCCUCCACCCACCACUCCUACAACAGCUCCAACAGCACCAGUACCGCGGCGAUACCGGCCUCCGCUCCGGCUUUCAUCCCGACCUCCAUCUCGAUCCCCACCCAGAUCCCGUCUCCGAUCUCUGCCCCGGCUCCACCUGCACCACCUCUGAUCCCGCCCAGGGAUCAGCCGUGGGCCCACAGCCGGCUGGCCCGGAUGCCCUCCACCAGCACCGGCACCAACACCAACUUUGUGGAGCAGGAGAAGGAGAGGCUGGAGCGCCAGCACAGAGCCAACACCUCCAACAACCACCACGCCCACACCCUCCACCACCAGAAACCUGUGGAGGGCGAUCCUCAGUGUCCAGAGGCGCUCACUUAUUCUGACUCCUCCUUCGGCCAUCAGCCUCCUUUCCACCGCCUCUGUGACCCCUACGGAGCCACCCACACACACACACAGGGUAGCUCUCCCAUCUCUCCCCCCAGCUCAGGGAGUCUUUCCUGGGCUCAGCACAGCCGACACCAGCCGGCCAGCCUGGCGCUCCGCAAGCAAGAAGAGGAGGACAGCUAUGAGCUCUCUACAGACCUGCAGGACAAGAAGGUGGAGAUGCUGGAGAGGAAGUACGGAGGUCAGUUUGUGUCCCGGCGAGCGGCGAGGACCAUCCAGACGGCGUUCCGUCAAUAUCGAAUGAACAAGAACUUUGAGAGGCUGAGGAGCUCAGCGUCAGAGAGCCGCAUGACACGCCGCAUCAUGCUGUCCACCAUGAGGAUGCAGGUGAAGAGCUCACACACACACACACACACACACACACACACACACAACAACAACACCGGUACCAACGCUUCUUUGUUCUGGGUUCAGUCUUCGUUUGACGAGCGGCAGCCGCAGGGUCCGGGGUCGGAAGAUCAGCGGGGGUCGGAGGACACAGGAGACAUGGACGACUCCUUCUCCAAGCAGGUGAAGUCUCUGGCCGACUCCAUCGACGACUCCCUCACCUGCCAGUCUGGUCGCGAAGACUCACAGGACGCAGGAGGAGACAGCGCCAACACGUCCUCCCAACGCGUGGCGGGGCGGCCGGGGGUCGGGGGAGGGAGGGGAGGCGCAAGAGGAGGCGCCGCCAUGCACGAGGACAGCACCGCCACCUCCUUCAGCGAUGUCACGCUCUACAUGGACGACGGCUGCCUUCCCUCCUCGCCGCUCUCACGCCCGGCCUCCAGCUCCGACACGGAGUCGGAGCGAGGCUCCAUCGGACGCCUGGUGUACGAACAGGAGCCGGGAACCAUCAAACACAAGCCCACGGCCCAGGGGCAGACCCGCAGCCCGGCCAGCGGGGCCUUACCGAUGCCCUCCGCCCGGGCCCUGCCGCCCCACCCGUCGCCCAUCCCCCACCUGCCCACCGUCCUCCACCACCACCCGCAGUACAGCCAGCAGCAGGUCAUGCACCACCCUUACAUGCAGCCGGCUCACCACUUCGCCCAGCACCACUACCACCACCUCCCCCACGGCUACCCAGAACCCCCCGCCUGCCCCAUGCCGCCCGUCUCCCCUCUCCCGCCGCCGCUCAUGCCCUCGCCGCUGUCCUCCUCCUCGGCCCUCCAUAACUUGGAGGCGCAGCACCUGGCCCAUCACCCCCACCUCCUCCUCCACCACCACCUGCUGUGCUCGGACGGAGACAACGAGAGCGUCAACUCCACCACCACCAACUCCAACGACGACGCCACGGGCAACAACUGCAGCUCCGGCUCCUCGUCGCGCGACAGCCUGCGGGAGCCAAUCGGGGGCGCGGCUCCGGGGAAACAGACCUAUCAGAGAGAGAGCCACCACAGCUGGGACUCUCCCGCCUUCAACAACGACGUGGUGCAGCGGCGGCAGUACCGCAUCGGACUCAACCUGUUCAACAAGAAGCCGGAGAAGGGGAUCCAGUACCUGAUCGAGAGGGGCUUCGUGUCCGACACGCCGGUGGGCGUCGCCCGCUUCAUCCUGGAGAGGAAGGGGCUCAGCAGGCAGAUGAUCGGGGAGUUCCUGGGCAGCCGGCAGCAGUUCAACAAGGAUGUCCUCGACUGUGUUCUGGAUGAGAUGGAUUUCUCGGCGAUGGAUCUAGACGAAGCUCUGAGGAAGUUCCAGGCUCAGAUCAAAGUUCAGGGUGAAGCUCAGCGGGUGGAGCGGCUGGUGGAAGCCUUCAGUCAGCGGUACUGUGUUUGUAACCCGGUGCUGAUCCGGCAGUUCCAGAAUCCGGACACCAUCUUCAUCCUGGCCUUCGCCAUCAUCCUCCUCAACACGGACAUGUACAGCCCCAACGUGAAGCCGGAGAGGAAGAUGAAGCUGGAGGACUUCGUCAAGAACCUUCGGGGUGUGGACAACGGGCAGGACAUCCCCAGAGAGCUGCUGGUGAACAUCUACGGGAGGAUCCAGAAGUGGGAGCUGAGGACCAACGACGACCACGUGUCUCAGGUUCAGGCGGUGGAGCGGAUGGUGGUGGGCAAGAAGCCUGUGCUGUCGCUGCCUCACCGCAGGUUGGUGUGUUGCUGUCAGCUGUUCGAGGUUCCAGAUCCCAACAGAGCUCAAAGGAGCGGAGUCCACCAGAGAGAAGUGUUCCUGUUCAACGACCUGCUGAUGGUGACGAAGAUCUUCCAGAAGAAGAAAAGUUCAGUGACGUACAACUUCAGACAAUCGUUUCCUCUGGUGGACAUGCAGGUGCACACCUUCCAGAGCACCUACUACCCUCACGGCAUCAAACUGGCGGCGGCGAGCCCCGGAGCGGAGAGGAAACAGCUGAUCGUCUUCACGGCUCCGAGUCAGCAGGACAGAGCUCGCUUCACCUCGGACCUCCGAGAGAGUAUCGCCGAGGUCCAGGACAUGGAGAAGAACCGCGUGGAGGCCGAGCUCGAGAAGCAGAAAGGUGUGAUGCGUCCAGCUGUGCUGUCGGGGGGAGGAGCUGGAGGCUCGCCGGGGGGCGGGGCCAACGAGGUGGUGAACGGCACUCUGGGUAGGCAGAGCCUCGACGACACGUACGCCUCUGCGGACGGACUCAAACGCACGGCGCUCAGCUCCUCACUGAGAGACCUCUCAGAGACGGGGAAACGAGGUCGUAGGAACAGUGUUGGGUCAUUGGACAGUACCAUUGAAGGCUCCGUUAUCAGCAGCCCUCAUUCUCACCAGCAGCGCCCCCUACAGGCCGGAGUUCUCUCCUACAGCCCCAUGAUGGUCCCUUCGUCUCCAGCAGCCUACCGGCCGCACCGCCCAGCUCAGAGCCCCGGUACAGGGGGGGGCGGGGGGCCGGGGCUCUGUCACAACCAGGGGGGCAUCACCACCUCCCCCCUCGUGAGCGGGGGAGGGGCUGGGGGUGUGGGCGGAGUCACCGGCAGCGGUCUGCUGGGGAAUUUCUUCGGCAGCCGCAGAGGCAAGUGUCCCGGUCCCCUGACGAUGAUGUCACCGACUCCUCAGGGUCCUCCGAGUCCACUGAUGAUCUCAUCGCCCCCCCACUACCCCGCCCCCGCGCCUCCCAUCGCCCACCCCCCCUCCCCUUCCCCCGGCCCCUGCCUUUCACCCGACCUCGUCCAGUCGGACUCGGGCGGCCUCGGGCCGUCCAAGCUGCAUGCCUUGCACGCUCAGUUCUCGGGCCCCCGGCGGCAGGCCCCGCCCAGCUGCGUUCCCUCUCACGCCCAGCAGAGGGUGCUGCAUGGCGUCGGGCCGCGCUACAGCCUGGGCUUCGUCACGCCGCCGCCUGUGUCCCCGCACUCGCCCAUCACCCCGACUACCCCCCACGGACUCUACCACCCGCACCCCGCGGCGGGGAGGCCGGGCGGCGGCGGCAAGCUCCCGCUGACCAUCUCCCACUCGCAGCCGCACCCCCACGCGCACUCUCACAACCACGCCAUGCACCCGCGCUCGCCGCUCAGCCCCUCCCCCUCCGCCUCCCCCUCCACCCACUUCAUCUUUUCGACCCCGCCCCCGCAGACGCCCUCUGCGCGCCUCCUCCCCCAGACGCCGACGCAACCCUACGCGCCGCAGUACCCGACGAUCGCCUCCAUCCCGCCGCCGCCGCCGCACUCCCCGUUGCCUCCCCCGCUGAACGCCUCCCUACACCCGGGGGCGGGGCAAGGGGCGGGGCCCAAAUCCAAACCGGUCAGCCGGAUCAGCACGGUCGUGUGA